CUUGAUAGGAAUCUUGCUCUGCUACUGCACCUGAAAGCAUUUUCUAUACACACUUAGAUCACCACGAAUUAUUGUAAGUAUUUAUUUGUCGAUAGUGAUUCGCGGAGAUGCUUUUCUGCUAUAGCAUCAGGAAUCAUGCCAGCUGUCUUCUCUGAGCAUCACAUGAAUUCUUGAAAGGAUAAAAUAAUCCCACACACAUGUAUUUCAUCCGUUUCUUUCCUAAGGGGGAUUUUUUUUAAGAGAAAUUAAUAAGAUGGAAGAGAUAGAGCACAAGUACAUUGAAGUGAAUGGGCUAAAGCUUCAUAUAGCUGAAACCGGAAGUGGGCAUUCCCCAGUUGUAGUGUUCUUGCAUGGGUUCCCUGGAAUAUGGUAUUCUUGGAGGUACCAAAUGAUAGCUGUGGCCAAAGCUGGUUACAGAGCUAUUGCACCCGAUUUCAGAGGAUACGGGUUAUCAGAUCAACCACCCCAACCCAAAAAAACCACCUUUCUUGAUCUGAUCAGUGACCUCCUUGCACUUCUUGAUGUUCUUAGCAUCUCUAAGGCUUUUCUUGUUGCUAAAGACUUUGGAAUUUUUGUUCUUUCCCGUUUUGUUGUUUUUCAUGGGGAGAGAGUCUCUGGAUUUAUUACUAUGGGGGUGCCAUUUUAUUCUCCACUGACUCUCAACCUUCAAGGCCUCCCUGAAGGAUCCCAUCUUGCGAGAUGGAGGGAGCCUGGGAGAGCUGAAGCUGAUUUUGGUCGCUUUGACGCCAAAACAGUAGUGAAGAAUGUAUAUAUUCUUUUCUCCGGAACUGAAUUAGUACCAAUAGCCAGUGAAAACCAGGAAAUCAUGGAUUUGGUGCAACCUUCAACCCCUCUGCCCCCUUGGUUCAGUGAGGAAGACCUAGCUAUAUAUGGAGCUUUGUAUGAGAACUCUGGAUUCCAAACUGCUUUGCAGGUUCCCUAUAGGGCACUCCAUGAAGAAGUCAACAUUACAGAUCCAAGAGUUAAUGUCCCAGCACUGUUUAUUGUGGGUGAGGACGAGUGUUUCCUCAAAUUUCCAGGAAUGGAAGAGUAUACAAGUGGAGGAAUACUGAAAAGUUUAGUACCAAAUUCACAGAUGGUUUUUCUGCCAGAAGGAACUCAUUUUGUUCAAGAACAAUUACCUGAGGAAGUUAAUCAACUCGUGCUCGGCUUCCUUGCUAAGUAUAGUAAUUAAGUUACAAUGAGGGAUUGUUAUUGUUAUUGUUUGAUGGAAGUGCAAGUAGUUACCGAUAGUUGCAUCGUAGAGAAUAAAGAGAAGCAAUUGAACCCUCUUGCCAACGCCUAGCUCCUCUCCUGCUUUCUUGUUUCGGUUAUAUUAUGAAUAUUGGAUCAGGGACAAUGUACAAGUUCGAAGAGUGCCAAAGACAAAGCACAGUAUUUAGCAAAUUUGACAAAAUCAAUGAUCAUGAAACCAACUCUAGUUUGGUUUAACUUCGAACA